ACAACACAGAAACACGUUAUUUCCCCUGCUGUGAGGCACCACUACACGUCUGUGCUGGUUCUGGCAGGAUGACAGUUCUCAAGGCUCUUUAACUGCGGGUCAGUGAGCGGCCCGUUCUGACAGAAAAUUGGAUUAGAACAACGAGCGCUGUUUAAGAAACCAGUUUUAAGACGGACUCCUCCUCCGUCACGCCACUCUUCCCACGAGACCGUCGGGUGUUUGACCUCUCGCUCAGGUUGCUCUUGUAUUAUUAUUCCUUGAGCCAGCAAUACCCCGUUCAGUAACUCGACCAGCCGCUGCGGACAUGUCAGCAUCCAACGAAUGCAGCUACAGCUAUGAGGAGUACAAAGAAACUGCAGACUGGCUGCUUGCUAACACAGAUAUCAGGCCCAAAGUGGCUAUUAUCUGUGGUUCAGGACUCGGUGGAUUGGCUGACGUGCUGGACAACAGGAAAGUGUUUUCUUACGACAAAAUCCCCCACUUUCCCCACAGCACAGUGCAAGGACAUAAAGGUCAGCUGGUGUUUGGAGAGCUGAAUGGAAAGCAGUGUGUUUGCAUGCAAGGCCGCUUCCACUUCUAUGAGGGCUAUAACAUUGCCACGGUGACAUAUCCAGUAAGAGUGUUUUUCCUUCUCGGGAUUGAGACUCUCAUUGUGACCAAUGCUGCUGGAGGACUCAAUCCUAAAUUUAAAGUGGGAGACAUCAUGCUGAUCAAAGACCAUAUCAACAUGCCUGGCUUUGCAGGCCAAAAUCCCCUAUGUGGACACAAUGAAGAAAGAUUUGGAGUGCGCUUUCCUUGCAUGUCUGAUGCUUAUGAUAGAGACUUCGCACGGUUGGCCAGGGAGACAGCAAAAGAACUAGGCUGUGACUCUUUCCUCCAGGAAGGUGUUUACUGCAUGUUGGCUGGACCGUCCUAUGAGACGAUUGCAGAAUGCAGGGUUCUACAGUUGCUUGGGGCGGAUGCUGUGGGUAUGAGUACCGUUCCAGAGGUGGUGGUUGCUCGUCACUGUAAUAUGCGUGUGUUUGGACUCUCCCUCAUUACCAACAAGGUAGUGACCGACUACGACAGCACAGAACGGGCUAAUCAUAAAGAGGUCCUGGAAACCACCCGUAUGCGUACCGAAGACCUGCAGAAGUUAGUCAGCACUUUAGUGUCGAAAAUGUAGGAUAACAUCAAAUUUAGUACAAAAAUCUUGCAGCUGCUCUCAAAACACUUUUGCACAGAUUUGCACCCACUGUAGUUUUGUCAAAAGUAUUGAUUUUUGUAAAAAUGUGACAAUACCAGCAUUUCCAACAAGCAUUUUGAGCGCUGUUGAGCGCAUUGUGUUCACAGAUAUGUCUGUGAUUGGCUACAAUGAUCAUCGCUUCACAGUCUUCACCAGGAGCAUUUUAAAGCUGCGUCUAUCAGCGAAUCCAUCUAUGAGGAGACAUAUCAGGGAUCAGCUGCUUUCAAACACUCCAGUGUUUAUCUGUGUAAACGCUCGCAAAGAGCGAGAAACGAUGAUCAUUGUAGCCAAUCACAGACGUAUCUGUUGAGUGCGUGAACACAAUGACCAAUCAGAGAUGUUUAAGAAUCCACUCAACUGCGCUCAAUAUGUUGGUAUCGUCACAUUUUUAAAAAUUAGACAACGCUUGCACCCACACAGCUUAGUAAUGUACAAUAGCAUACAGUAUAUGUAUUCCUUAAUGCUUCUCAUGUAUUUUAUUCAGGGUUAAUGUAACUUUAUGAACUUUCCAGUGCCUCAAGAGUCGAAAAUUUAGGCUAGGUUCAUUUAGUUUACUUUUGAUAUUAUCCAUACUGGAGUGAAUAAUGCAAUACUAACACAUCACUGUGACUGUGAGACUAGGUAUUAAUAUAAUGCAUUCACAUCCUUCCUGAAAUGAAUGUUAAGAACAAUUGAAAUUAGAAGCAUGACAUAAAUAUCAGUAUUCUUGUCAGUAUGUCUUGAAAAAAAGAGUUAAAGAACAAAGUAUGUGAAAAGGGACAAACAGGCCUACACUCUACUUUUCUCAACUCUAUGAAAGGGAAUUUGCAAUUAGGUGCUAAAUAAUCAAUUAAUAUAUUACAAAUCAAAUGUUUUAUCUUUUUAGUUUAUCAGCUUGUCUAGAUGUUUCCAAAGAAAUUUACAGAUGUUGGAAAUUAUUUAUGGAAAAAUCUUUUUAAAAGUAUUAUACAUUUUUAAUUGUCUAGGAAUGUGGUGUAUUUUGCAAAUUUUAUUUUGACUCAAAUAUUAAAAUAUAACAAUUAAUUAGUA